AUGCAAUCCUCUACAAAAGCAGAUAGGGAUGUGAUGAAGGCCAUCAGUAUGUUGACAACGAGGGUGGAAAAGCUCAGUACCAACUUCCAAAAGGCAAAAGAUAAGAGCAACUUACAAGAAACAAAGGAUGAAAAGAUUCCAUCUAAGCCUGCAAAUGAUUCAACUCUACCAACCAUUUUACCUUACAUUACACAUGCACCAUUCCCACAGAGGUUGGCUAAGGCAAGGUUGGAGAACAAUAUGGGAAGGUCCUUUAUUGUGACAGAAGUCCCCUCCUUUGCUCGAUUCUUGAAGGAUCUCACUACUAAUAGAAACAAGACUGAAGGAGUUGUGAAUCUAUUUGAGCAAUGCAUUGCGAUAAUCCUAAAGCAACUUCUUCCUAAGCUCGAGGACCUUAGUAAUUUCUCAAUCCCUAUUUCUAUUGAUAGUCUAGUUGUUUAUAAUGCUCUAUAUGAUUUAGGAGCUAGUGUUAGUCUUAUGCCUUUUCUGUUUACAAAAAACUACAAAAAUGAGGGAAGCCUACUUCAGACUAGCAUGACCUUGCAGCUAGUGAUCGAAGUAUUAGGCAUCCCAAGGGUAUUGUAA